AUGGGAUAUCCAUUAUAUUUAGUAUUUACGCUUAGUGAAGUCGAAAUUCGAAUAGAAUAUUAUAUUUAUGAAGGAAACAAAAUGGAAAAAAUGAUCAUAGGAGAAAGUGAAAUAGAAGGCAAUGAGAUAACUAUAGCAGAAGAAAGUUUAAUAAGUCUUGAAAAACUUGAUAGAGCUUCUCCAGAUUUAUGGCCAGAACAGAAUAUUACCAAAUUUGUUGCUCAAAAUUCACCACAGCCAGAACUCCCAGUUUGGACAACUAAUCUAACAACUGAAGAUAUGAAUCAGUUGUAUCAAUUAGGUCACCUAUCAAUUAAUGAGUUAAUAUUGGAAGCAAAAAAACUUCUUGAUACUGCAUAUCAACUUGGAUGUGAAGAAGCAAAAGAAAUGACAAGAGGGAAAUAUUUAAAUAUAUUUAAACAGAAAUAG